UCAAACACAGUGACCUUGACUGUACAGAGGCUAGUACAGGUGUGGUUUGGGGAUUUAUGUUUCAAGUAAUCCAGAAACUCAAACAUACUUAUCUUACAAUGGAUUACUUAUCUUUCUGCCGUGGUGUACUGAUUGGGGGCUUGAUGGGAGAUUGUUAUGGAUUCGUGUACGAAGGUAGCCCAGCAGCAAAGUUCACCAUUCCUUUGGAACUACUGCAAAGGUCAAUCAAUGGCUUUGAUACUAAACAGCUGAUGUACAGUGAUGAUACACAAAUGAGUCUUGCGAUUCUCCGGUCAUUAAAGGCUAAAAAUAGUUUCGAUGCAGAACAUUUGGCUAAAGAGUUCACCACUGACUACUUUGAAAAUGGAUUACAUAGGUGCUAUGGUGGUUCUAUUGGACGCGUUUUUUCCUCACUUAGGAUGGCAAACUAUAAAGAUCCGUAUGCUCACGCUGCUGAUUUAUUUAAUGGGACAGGAUCAUAUGGCAACGGCGGAGCCAUGAGAAUCGCACCCGCAGCGCUAUAUGGAUUACGAUAUCCUAAACGUGAAUUUGAGAAAAUCGUUAUCGAUAUUACUCGGUUAACUCAUACCAAUCCACUGGCUAUAUGUGGAGCACUUAUACAAGCAUAUGCUAUACAAUUGAUUUUCUCUUUAAUACAUGAUCAUAUACAACUGGAUUAUGUAGCUUUCAUCGAUAACUUAUUAAAAAGACUAGAGAGAACAGAAUAUUUCGUAGAUUUUAAACAACCCAAUUGGUUAGAAGCACUUGAUGCUUAUAAAGAAAAAUUACAAAUAGUUAAAUAUCUCUUGAUAGACGAUAAACAACCAUCAGUUACAAAUAUUGUCCACCAAUUGGGUAAUGAUUUAAAAGCCAUCAACUCUGUUCCAACUGCAUUAUAUGUAUUUCUGCGCAGUUUAAAACCUAUAGACGGAAUCGAGUUUAAUGUGAAAUAUCUUUUGUUUGCUUUUUAAUGACAUAUUAUUUAUGUUUUGAUGUGCUUUUAAUCCACUAUAAGUUGAAGGCUAUUUUGUAAAUGUGAAGAUAAUUACCAUAAUUAAUGGAAAUAAACUGGAAAAUCAUUAAAUUCAGUCGGUAACAACGUAGAACUUCGUACGUGCGUACAUCAGUUCGAGUUGCCUUGCCACAUUAGCACAGAGAUGCAGUGGUCGAUUCAAAUCCCGUAAUGGUAGAGGUAGUAAGAGUAUAAGCAAUAAUCGGGAAGAUCAGGGUUUGGAGAUGUUAUUUAAAGAGUAUAAUCCAGUGAAAUAAAUUUGGAAAGAGGAAAAAAGGGACAUGAAGAAUUCAGAAGAUUAGAAUUUGGGAGAACACAAUGAGUAGAUGCACCUGCGCCGUUGCAAACGAUUUCGAGCCAUGUCAUUCAGGGUCUCUAACCAUCGGUUGCUAUCAUCUCGCGGUCCCCAACCAGGUAGUCUACACCUACCAACAUGACUCAGUCCACUUGUCAGUGACUUUAUGGAUUUGUGGCAUGUUUUGGUCUGGCUGCCCCUAACUUUCUCCCAACCUACUCCUAUACCACUGAACAUCGCACGUCGAGGCAGUCGGCAGUUGGGCAUACGUAACACGUGUCACAGCCAUCUCAACUGAUGAAGUUUUACUACUUCAUCAAUUGAUUUGCCAUCCUUAUCUAGUACCCGUUUCCUAACAACUGUGUUACUUACUCGAUGGUCCCAUGAUAUACGAGCAAUGUUUCGAAGACACCUAUGAUCGAAUACUAGUAACCUACGAAUAUCCUCCACUCUUACCGGCCAUGUUUCACUGCCAUAAAGUAGGACGGGACGAACUGCUGCGCAGUGAACACGUCCUUUGAUUGAUAGACGGAUAUUUCGCCUACGCCAUAAAUGAAGCAAGUUGGCAAACGCUAAUCGAGCCUCCUGUAUCCGUGCUGAGAUUUCGUCACACCAGACUACAAGGACUGAUGAGACUCCCAAGAUAAGUGGAGCGAUCGACAACACGCUCAACUACUACACUCCCUAUCAUUAGUUCGGGUGUCGAUGCAACCCAAUCCUGAAGCAACAUUUUGCAUUUCGAGGGAGAGAAUGGCAUCCCGAACAUGCUUGCAUUGUUGAGAAAUACUAUCAUUGUGGGGCGUCUGAAUGUGUGUCUAUGUUCUAGGACCUGACGUAGUGUGAAUAUCUGGUCUAUACAACCACGUCCAGGUCGAAAACCAGCCUGAUUUUCUCUAGUCUGCUCUUCGUGAGCUUUGGUUAGGCGUCGAAGUAUUAUUGAAGCUAAUAUUUUAGACACUAUAUUAGUCAAACUGAUUCCUCUGUGAUUAUCACAAGAGGACUUUUGCCCUUUCUUAUAGACUGGCACAAUCAGUGAUUGAGACCAGUCAGAUGGGAUUGAGUCCAGUUCCCAAAUUCUACCUAAGACCUCAAUUAAUCUCACUGCUAAUACUGGACCACCAUCCUCAAAAUCUCAGAAGUAAACCUGUCAGGGCCUGCUGCUCUCCCCUCGCUUCAGAUUCCCGAUAACUUUUUCAACUUUGUAAAGAGUCGGAGGACCUACAUUAACUUGCCAUUCAGGUUGACUAGAGAUCCUGGGAAAACGAAGUAUGGCUGAAGGCCAGUUGAACUGAUCCCUAAAAUGUUGAGCAGUUGCAUACGACCCUAUUUGAUAAUCUAACUGAUGACAGUCAAUUCUCUCGGUAAAUAUAUCUUUAAAUCACCAAGUUGGAGUCUAAUAUAUCUCAUACGAAAGGUUUCUAAGGCCAGUCUCUAUCAUUCUGUAUUUUAUUACUGGUUAAGCAUUACGUUUGUAAUUAUUUUCAAGAAAUUAUAUAUAUAUAGUAUUGCUUUCUUUAUGUUUUUAGUCACCUCCUCUACGUUCCAUUGUCUUGUCGAUCGGAUUAGGCGGUGAUACUGAUACUAUUGGUUGUAUGGCUACUGCAUUAGCUGGUGGAUAUAUUGGCAUUCCAGUAGACAGUAAUUCAACUAUAUCAAGAAACAUUAUUACACUUUGUGAAAGUUAUGAAGAAAUUGAAGAAUAUGCUAGUUGGUUAAGUAACAAGCUACAAAUGAGUUGAAAUUUUGCCAUUAUCAUCUAAUCGACCUGAAGAAAACACUAAAUAAUCAAGUGCCAUUUAAUCCUAUCAUGAUGUGAAAAUUAAUUUCCAACUUUUUUAACAGAUAUAAUUUUAUAAUAGAAGCAUUUGAAUUAACCAUAAUUUUGGCUGUUGUUAACCUUAUCGAAACUUGUGUUACAUGAAUUCCAUGAAUAUGAGUGCAUCAUAAUAUCUCUUAUUAAUGGUAAAUUGAUGUCUACCGAAUUUCCCAUACUAUCAAGUCUAUUUAAGUAUGACGUAAAGUAUCGU